GGACGUUCUCUUUGCUGCGCAGGUCGCUUUUGCUGUAACACGUGGGUCAGCGUUUGUGAAGAGUCGACCGAUUUGUUUGCCGGGGGUGAUAAAGAAAGCCAGCGAUUCUCUUACAAAAUGGUGAAAUUAGUCAAGGCAGGUAAAAAGCAAGCAACACCCAAAAAGGCUGCACCACCUCCACCCCCAGAAGAUUUUGAAGAAUCCUCUUCUGAAGAGGAAAGUGAAGAAGAGGAUCUGCCAGCACCUCCUGUUAAAAAGGCUGCCACUCCAACUGCUAAGGCAAAGGCAACCCCACAGUCUGUCAACAAAAAGAAUGGCAAAGCUGUAAAAAAGGAGAGCAGUGAAGAUGAGGAAGAUGAAGAAUCUGAAGACGAAUCUGAAGAAGAAAAACCUGUCACUAAAAAAGCUGCUAAGUUGAUUGAAAAAGAAGCAGAAGAGGAUGAUGAAGAUGAGGAGGAAGAUGAGGAAGAGGAUGACGAGGAAGAUGAAUCUGAGGAAGAGGCGAUGGAUACAGCACCAGCUCCCAAAGUAAAAAAAGUUACGAAUGAUGAGGAGGAAGAGGAUGAUGAUGACGAGGAGGAUGAUGACGAGGAGGAUGAAGAGGAGGAGGAGGAUGAUGAUGAUGAAGAAGAAGGAGCUGAUGCUGUGCCAGUGAAAGCAGGGAAGAGAAAGAAAGAAGAACAGAAGGCAGCGACACCGGCUAAGAAACAGAAGACCGACAGCGCAGCAUUUUCACUUUUCGUUGGAAACCUGAACUCAGAAAAGAACUUUGAAGAAUUGAAGAAAGCUCUAAAUGACUUCUUCACUAAAAAGAAACUUGCAGUCGCAGGUGUCCGAAUUGGAGGGAGCAGGAGAUUCGGAUAUGUGGAUUUUGAGACUGAAGAACAACUGGAAAAGGCAUUAAAGUUCAAUGGAAACAAAGUGCUAGGGCAGGUAGUCAAACUUGACAAAGCACGCAGCAAGGAAAGCCAUCAAGACAGGGAUAACAGAACACUGUUUGUAAAGAAUCUUCCAUUCAAGAUAACUCAGGAUGAUCUCAAGGAGAUUUUUGAAGACGCUAUCGACAUUAGGAUUCCUACUGCUCGUGAUGGUUCAGGAACUCGUGGUAUUGCAUAUAUUGAAUUUGAAACUGAAGCUACUGCAGAAAUGGUAUUGAAGCAGAAACAAGGCAUUGAUGUUGAAGGUCGUUCCAUCGUUAUUGAUUAUGCUGGUGCUAAGAGUACGUUUAACACAAAAAGUGGGCAAGCACAGCAAGGUUCUGAUACACUUACAAUAAAUAAUCUGGCAUAUUCUGCUACUGAAGCAACCCUUCAGGAUAUUUUUGAAAAAGCAUCAUCAAUCAAAAUACCAGAGAAGAAUGGCAAGCCAAAGGGAUAUGCAAUUGUCAAAUUUGAAUCAAUUGAAGAUGCCAAAGAAGCCCUUGAAAGUCACAACAAUACAGAAAUUGAGGGGAGAAAUGUGAGAAUAGAAUAUAAUCAAGGACAAAGAGGUGGUGAUGUCAGCAAAACAUUAUUUAUUCGUGGCCUUUCUGAAGACACAACUGAAGAAACAUUAAAAGAAGCCUUUGAAGGAGCUGCAAAUGCAAGAAUAGUGACAGACAGAGAUUCUGGAAAAUCAAAAGGUUUUGGCUUUGUGGACUUCUCAUCUGAAGAAGAUGCAAAAGCAGCUAAAGAAUCCAUGGAAGAUGGAGAAAUCGAUGGAUGCAAAGUUACACUCGACUUUGCUCGGCCCAAGUUUGACAGCCAGCGAGGUGGUGGUGGUCGAGGUUUUGGAAGAGGUGGAAGAGGCAGAGGUGGAUUUGGUGGCAGAGGUCGAGGUGGCCGAGGUGGUGGUCGGGGUGGCUUUGGAGGUUUCAGAGGUGGAAGAGGUGGUCCUCAGGGAAAGAAAAUAAAAUUUGAUUAGAGGCUGAUAAGACUGUUUUAUCAUGUUCAGACAGAGCCUCAAUUGGACAUUCCAGAGUUCUGCAGGUUGGAGUGUGAUGGAAGCUCCAGGUUUCUGAACGGACUGGCAAUUAAGACAGACAUUGUUGGUACACCUUUGUGGAUUUUUGUCCAAUUUAUUAUUCUGUUUCCCAAUUGUGUAAAUGUACUGUUUCUGAUUUUUUUUAAGUAAAUGCAAAAUAAUGUUUUAGAAUGUUGUGCUUGGCAUACUGUAAUGGAUUAAAAGAUACCUUAUUUCA